CGGCCGGGACCCCGCGGGCGGGGCUGCUCCGGUCCCUGCGCUCCUCCCGCAGCCUGGCGCCCGGUCCCUGCGCUCCGCUGCCCAGGAUGCGUCAGCAGGACAUGGCCAAGGUCUGGCAGGACUGACCCACAGCAGCGCUGCACCAGAGCACAACCCAGAGCAGUGGAGAGCUGAGCCUGGGCUGAGCACACCAUGGGGGCAAACACCUCCAGCAAGUCACCACCCUUUGAUGAGAGUGAGGAUGUUACCUUCGACCAUUUUGAGAUUUUGCGAGCUAUUGGGAAGGGGAGCUUUGGAAAAGUGUGUGUGGUGCAGAAGACUGACACCAAGAAGAUGUACGCCAUGAAAUACAUGAACAAACAGAAGUGUGUGGAGCGUAAUGAAGUGAGAAAUGUUUUCAAGGAGCUGCAGAUUAUGCAGGGCCUGGAACACCCGUUUUUGGUUAAUUUAUGGUACUCGUUCCAGGAUGAGGAGGAUAUGUUCAUGGUGGUCGACCUGCUGCUCGGAGGGGACCUGCGCUACCAUCUCCAACAAAACGUGCGGUUCCGAGAGGGAACGGUGAAACUCUUCAUCUGUGAGCUGGUGCUGGCCCUUGACUACUUGCAGAGCAGGCACAUCAUCCACAGAGAUAUCAAGCCUGACAACAUUUUACUGGAUGAGCACGGACACGUGCACAUCACCGAUUUCAAUAUUGCCACGACACUGACAAGGGACAGCCCUGUCACCACCAUAGCUGGCACAAAGCCCUACAUGGCACCUGAGAUGUUUAGCUCCACAAAACCCACCAGCUACUCCUUUGCCGUGGACUGGUGGUCGCUGGGAGUCACUGCCUACGAGCUGCUCAGGACCCGGAGGCCAUACCGCGUUCGGUCCAGCGCCUCCGCCGAUGAGAUCGCCCGCGUGCUGCGGACGGCUGCGGUGAUGUACCCGGCCGCCUGGUCCCCGGACAUGGUGGCACUGAUCAGGAAGUUGCUGGAGCUGAACCCUGAGAAACGCUUUUCUCAGCUGAAGGACAUUCAGUCCUUCCCAUAUCUGUCUGAUGUCAACUGGGAUGCUGUUCUCCAGAAAAGAAUAAUUCCAGAAUUCAUUCCCAUGAAAGGUAGACUGAACUGUGACCCAGCCUUUGAACUGGAAGAAAUGAUCCUGGAAUCCAAACCUCUUCACAAAAAAAAAAAGCGAUUGGCUAAGAAGGAGAAAGAUACAAGGAAAAGCAAUUCAUCCCAGGCCAGCCACCUCCAGAAGCACCUGGAAAUGCUCCAGAGGGACUUCAUUGUUUUCAACAGAGAAAAGGUAAGACCCCACCAUGACAGCAUCCAAGAGACCAUGACAGAAAGUGGAGGCCCACACAGGGAGGACAAUCAGAACAACAGCCUCUGAGAACAACUCACGCCCUGCAGGGCACCUCCUCUUCAGGCUGGGGCUCAGCCACCCAUGCACCUUCACAGUGUCAGGCUGUGGACUUGUCCUCUCUUGCUGGGACCCUGCCGGCAGCCCAGGGCACAGGGGAGAGCUGGGUGGGAGCAGCUCGUGGCUGUCUGCCCCAGGGGGAAGAGGUGGCUCCCAAUGCAGGGACUUCACCAAUGCAUUGUGACAAAAGCAGCGUUUGCUUAGACAGCUCCUGCUAACAUCCUGUGAGGGCGGGCACAGCAGGCUGGAAAUGAGCUCCUUCCUCAGCUGGGAGGAGGCAGCAAAGGUUUCCUGCCCUUUUCACUCUCUCCCUGUACCCAGCAGGGCUGGCAGGGUGGGUGGUCAGUGUGCAGACAGAUGUGGACACCAAGCAGUAACAACCAGGUGCUGGUGAAUCCAGAUACUUUACCAGUCUAGCCUGAAAAAUACACUCACCAUCACGUUAAACUGCUGCAGCUCACUGAAUCUGAUGGGGUUUGGCUUCCAAAACCAGAGGGGAAUUUGAAUGAGUUUGAAUCUCUCUACCACUGAAAUCACACUUGAUUUAAGCAAUGCCUGUCUUCAGUAACAACCGCACUGCUGGUGUGGUCUUGCCAAGACUGAGAUUGGCCAAAGCAUUGCUGCUGCAGAUUCCUGCUAAUGCCAGGAAUGAUGCUAUUAUUUAAAUGCUUUGACAGGCCUGAGGUUUCACUCCUGAUUUGACAUUUUUCCCACUCUUAGCAAUGCAGAAGCUACACCAACACCCUGGCACACGUAGCAGUGUGCCCUGCAUGGUGCUGCCCUGACAGUCUGUUGCUGCAGCCCCCUCCUGCCCCAAAAGCA